AUGAGCAUCCGCCGCCACGGGGCAGACGUCCAGCAAAUCCCGUCCAUCAUCCUAGAAGAUGACGCCCAUUAUGGCACUUCACUUCCACUUGUCUGGCCCGUUUCUGACAGCGCCGCCCACAUCCCUCGCCCAGUCCGUCCCGUCGCUUCCCUGCCCGCCGAACUACCCAGCUGCCCUAAACGAAAAGCCGAACGAGGCCAGCCCUCCGGAUCACCCAAAGUAAAGCUUGUUGAUCGAACAGGAAGCCAUGUGCUAGGAUGCGACAACCAGGGCAACGCAAGACUGCGCCACGCCGAAGCGAGAACCUCGGAAUGUCACCCGGCUCCAUCACCCGGGACUGCCACGCCGGCCGCUGUUCUCGAUCAGGGCAGCCAGUACCUGUUCUGGGCGCUCAGAUCAUUCUGGUCCAUUAGCUCUUCGAGUGUUCGCAGAGGCUGAAGCCGACACCCGCGGCACACGACUCAGAGCCCCUGGGCCGCGCAAGACGAACCAGUAUCAGGACGCGGGGCUUUGCUUCGCUCUGGAAGAGGUAGGUAUUCAUACGGUGUAACCGGACCCUUACUGUAGUGCGAUUCAUCACGACGUACGUAAUCCUUUCGGAACCGCCAGUCGCUUAGCGUCGUUCCCCGCCGAAUCCGCCUGAUUGUUGUUUAAAUGCUGGACACGGAUAGUAUUGCGCCCACGACCCGAACGACCGGACCUCGAGGUUCAACAAUGAUCAAGGCAAACCAAUGCAUAAACCCUUGAUCUGAACUCGGGGUUAAGGUUGUGUUUUAUGCGUAACGACAAUGGCACAGAGAAACGCGCCCGCCCCCUGCGUAACUGUCUCUCAUAACAUUUGGCAUUACUUGCGUUGCUUUACGGCUUUACGGUUGCCGGCGCUGCAUUGAUAAAACUUUCCAUGGGCUGCUGACGGUUACAUGCCAUUUCACCAUUUUUGCCCCGACUCGAAAUAACUCAGCAUUGUCCCCGCGCCGACAUGCUCUUUCUGGUACUCCCACAUGGAACAGCACUCGAGGUCAGCUGCAGCCGCCGUCAUCCAUCCGAGCCCUUCCCUGAGGGGUCACUUGGAUCCAUGUAUGUUAUGUCGCUUUGAGGCACCCUGACUUGAACAGAGUGAGGGCGGGUGAUUUGACAAGUAUUCUUUGUCUGACUCCGGACCGAGGCUGUGGAUGCGUAACGGGCUCAUUCGGUAUGUAAAUAUGACAGAAGACGUUGGUGACCGUGACACGGUGUUCCUCUCAGAUCUAAGAGCGUAAGAAGAGGGAAAAGUCUGGUUUGCCAUGCACCGGGCCUGUCAUCUGAAUUU